AUGUUUGCAGUGGACCCCCGAGGUCGCAACAGGUUCACAGAGGCCUUGCAGGCCAACGUCCAGCGGCUAAAGGAGUACCACUCCAAGCUCAUCCUGUUCCCCAGGAAGCCUUCUGCGCCUAAGAAUGGAGACAGUCCAGCAGAAGAGCUCAAGAUGGCCAUCCAGCUCUCCGGACCAGUUAUGCCCAUAACGAAUGUUCACAAGAAAGAGAAGGCCCAGGUCAGCACCGAGGAGAAGAAUUUCAAGGCCUUUGCCAGCCUGCGCAUGGUCAGAGCCAAUGUGCGGCUCUUCGGCAUCCAGGACAAACGGGCCAAAGAAGCUGCUGAGCAGGAAGUGGAGAAGAAGAAAUAAUAAUAUGAAGAAACUCUGCUCGAGGCCUCUCAAUAAAAGU